UCAGUUUCUACACGAACGUGUGAUUGAGACUCAUAUGAGUUGAGCUUCAGCAGAGCCGCUGAUGAUCUGAUGCUCUGCUCCAAACACUCGAAAAAGGCUUUGAAAGUGAACGUAAAGUAGCACAGCCGCCGCUCACGAGCGAAAAUGGGAGUUGGGGAUGGACGAGACCAAUAUGAGCUGGCGGCAACGUCAGAGCAAGGAGGAAAGAAAAAGAACAAAAACAAGAAGAAGGAAAAAGAUAUGGAUGAGCUGAAAAAGGAAGUGGAUUUGGAUGAUCACAAACUGACUUUGGAAGAGCUCCACCGUAAAUAUGGUACAGACUUGAGCAGGGGCCUCACAAGCGCUCGUGCAGCAGAGAUUCUAGCCCGUGAUGGACCAAAUGCCCUCACUCCACCUCCAACCACCCCAGAGUGGGUGAAGUUCUGUAAGCAGAUGUUUGGAGGUUUCUCCAUGCUAUUGUGGACCGGUGCUGUUCUCUGUUUUCUUGCAUAUGGGAUUCAAGCAGCAAUGGAAGAUGAGCCUGCUAAUGACAAUCUUUAUUUGGGAGUUGUGCUGUCAGCUGUGGUGAUCAUCACUGGAUGUUUCUCAUACUAUCAAGAGGCAAAGAGUUCAAAAAUCAUGGAUUCUUUCAAGAAUUUGGUUCCCCAGCAAGCAUUGGUUGUCCGUGAUGGUGAGAAGAAACACAUCAAUGCAGAAGAUGUGGUGGUUGGUGAUCUGGUGGAGGUAAAGGGUGGUGACAGGAUCCCUGCUGACCUGAGAAUCAUAGCUUCGCAUGGCUGCAAGGUGGAUAAUUCCUCUCUGACUGGAGAAUCAGAGCCUCAGACACGGUCCCCGGAUUACUCAAAUGAUAAUCCUCUAGAGACCAGGAAUAUUGCUUUCUUCUCCACUAACUGUGUAGAAGGUACCGCACGUGGCAUCGUCAUCAGCACCGGAGACCGUACUGUCAUGGGUCGAAUCGCAACACUUGCAUCUGGUCUAGAGGUCGGACGCACCCCCAUCUCCAUUGAGAUUGAGCACUUUAUCCACAUCAUCACAGGCGUAGCUGUCUUCCUGGGCGUCUCUUUCUUUGUCCUGUCUCUCGCUCUUGGUUACUCCUGGUUGGAAGCUGUUAUCUUUCUUAUUGGCAUCAUUGUGGCCAAUGUACCUGAAGGUCUUCUUGCUACAGUCACGGUUUGUCUCACCCUCACAGCGAAACGCAUGGCUAAGAAAAACUGUUUGGUUAAGAACCUUGAGGCUGUUGAAACGCUGGGCUCAACCUCUACCAUCUGUUCUGAUAAAACUGGCACAUUAACGCAGAAUCGUAUGACCGUAGCCCACAUGUGGUUUGAUAACCAGAUCCACGAGGCUGACACCACAGAGAAUCAGAGCGGGACCUCCUUUGACCGCAGCUCGGCCACCUGGGCGUCAUUGGCUCGUGUUGCCGGGCUCUGCAACAGGGCUGUGUUCCUGGCAGAACAAACUGAUGUGCCAAUUCUAAAGAGAGAUGUUGCUGGGGAUGCGUCUGAAUCUGCUCUGUUGAAAUGCAUUGAGCUUUGCUGUGGAUCAGUGAAAGAAAUGAGAGACAAGUACACUAAAGUGGCAGAAAUCCCUUUCAACUCGACAAAUAAAUAUCAGCUGUCAGUGCACAAGAACCCAAAUGGUGGCACGGAGUCUAAACACCUGCUGGUCAUGAAAGGAGCCCCAGAGAGAAUCCUGGACCGCUGUGCUACUAUAUUGAUCCAAGGCAAGGAGCAACCUUUGGAUGAUGAAAUGAAAGAAGCCUUUCAGAAUGCUUAUCUGGAGCUCGGGGGACUUGGAGAAAGAGUUUUAGGAUUCUGUCAUUUCUACCUCCCUGAUGAGCAGUUUCCAGAAGGCUUCCAGUUUGAUACUGAUGAUGUGAAUUUCCCUACUGAGAAUCUGUGCUUUGUGGGUCUGAUGUCAAUGAUCGACCCUCCACGUGCUGCUGUGCCUGAUGCUGUGGGCAAAUGCAGAAGUGCAGGAAUCAAGGUUAUCAUGGUAACCGGUGACCAUCCCAUCACUGCCAAAGCCAUAGCAAAGGGUGUUGGGAUUAUUUCUGAGGGGAAUGAGACUGUGGAAGACAUCGCUGCUCGCUUGAACAUCCCCGUUAAUGAGGUCAAUCCCAGAGACGCGAAGGCCUGCGUGGUUCAUGGUGGAGACCUGAAGGACCUCACAGCUGAACAGUUAGAUGAUAUUCUGAAGCACCACACAGAAAUUGUGUUUGCCAGAACUUCACCACAGCAGAAACUGAUUAUUGUUGAGGGAUGUCAGCGACAGGGAGCCAUAGUGGCUGUAACAGGGGAUGGUGUGAAUGAUUCUCCAGCACUGAAGAAGGCUGAUAUUGGUGUUGCUAUGGGCAUUGCUGGCUCAGACGUGUCCAAACAGGCUGCUGACAUGAUCCUCCUGGAUGACAACUUUGCCUCAAUUGUCACAGGCGUAGAGGAAGGCCGUCUGAUCUUUGACAACUUGAAGAAGUCCAUUGCUUACACCCUGACCAGCAACAUCCCUGAGAUCACACCCUUCCUGCUCUUCAUUAUCGCCAACAUCCCCUUGCCUCUAGGAACCGUUACCAUUCUGUGUAUUGACCUGGGAACAGACAUGGUCCCUGCUAUUUCUCUGGCAUACGAGGCUGCUGAGAGUGAUAUCAUGAAGAGACAGCCCAGAAACCCUAAAACAGACAAGUUGGUGAAUGAAAGACUUAUUAGCAUUGCGUAUGGACAGAUAGGUAUGAUUCAGGCUCUGGCUGGAUUUUUCACAUACUUUGUCAUUCUGGCUGAAAAUGGCUUCUUACCAUCAAGACUUCUAGGAAUUCGUGUACACUGGGAUGACAAGCAUACUAAUGACCUAGAGGACAGUUAUGGGCAGCAGUGGACAUAUGAACAGAGAAAGAUUGUAGAGUUCACGUGCCACACAGCGUUCUUCACCAGCAUUGUGGUAGUGCAGUGGGCUGAUCUGAUUAUCUGCAAGACCAGGCGCAAUUCUGUCUUCCAACAGGGAAUGAAGAACAAAAUCCUGAUCUUUGGAUUGUUUGAGGAAACAGCACUGGCGGCUUUCUUGUCUUAUUGCCCUGGCAUGGAUGUGGCUCUCAGAAUGUACCCACUCAAGCCCAACUGGUGGUUCUGCGCCUUCCCGUACUCUCUUCUCAUCUUUAUUUAUGAUGAAAUCAGAAAGCUCAUCCUUAGACGCAACCCCGGAGGUUGGGUGGAAAGAGAGACGUACUACUAGACAUCUUUAGUGUUAACACUACUUCUUUGUGUUAUCUUUGUGGCGUUACAGUAGUUUUGCUAUUCUGAAUUUAACCUGUACAUUUUAAAAUAUUUUUAUAUAGAAUAACUGUAGUACUAAAAUCCUGCUGUCAUGCUAAAGAUAGACUCGAAAAGGGUUUUUAAAAUAUGUAACUUGAAUAAACUGUCAACUUGACUAAAAUGUGGUCUCAUUCACAUCAACUUGAUCAUUCAUAGAAGUUAAUUUCCACCUUUCUAUAAAUGUAUUUCCGAAUUAAGCUUAAAAAUAAAAGACAAAACGAGGAUAGGUUGAAUCUAACUUGCUCACUGCAUGGUUCUUUCAAGAUGGCUAAGAGCCUAGUAACCCAGAAGAAUAGAAUCAUGUUGGCAUGGAUACACAGCAGUAGCCCCAAACUAUUUCAUUCAGAAUUUAAGGAACAGAAUGUGCCUCUAUUUUCCUCCCUGUCCUUCAUUCAUUUAGAGGCCACUGGAAUGUUAAGCCACUCUCUGCUUUUUGUUCUCCUGCAGUGGUGUUUCCAUUCAUUUGGCAAAAUACGUUCACCAAAAUACUGAUUUUCCCACAUAAGAUGCAAAGUAAAUUAACUACGUUUUUGACUGUCUCAUAAAUCGUGACUGUAUUGUACUAUGUACUGUAUGAUUCGUUUUGAGUAUGAGCAACAUGAAAGGGCAGUGACACAUUUCCCUUUCAGCUUCUAGAUCAAUAAUUUUCAGCCCACUGUUGAUUGUGAUUCAUCAGUCUAUUAGUGCAUGUGAAUAGUGCAUGCUAUAUAUAUAUAUAUAUAUAUAUAUAUAUAUAUAUAUAUAUAUAUAUUUUUUUUUUUUUUGCCAGUCAAUUAAGUUGCUAAAAAUUAUCUCAGUCAGACUUUGUUGUGAAUGUGAGUAACAACUUGUUUUUGCAUAUAGAGUCUAUAACUGAAACGGUAGUUUAAUAUAAACUGUAAAGCUUACAUUUUGUUUAGAAUUGUGUUGGGCAUUAAGAUCAUAUCAUAUCUGUAAACAAUGAACAAUAUAAUUAUGUAUUAACAGAAACAAUCAGGACUGCUGAUUAAAAAUCUGGUAGGAAAUCUUUA